CGUUGGUUAUUAUCUAGAAGUUCUUGGCAGUUCUCCUCAUUGGACCCUGGUGCUGGAUACCAUGUCAGAAAAAGGAAUGACCCUGGCCAACUUCUCUUCCAAAAUGCCUCCAUCUAUACUAAGAAGGCGGAGGGUGGAUCGAGGGGACGAUGGUGCACAGCACAAGUCUGAACGAAGGGUGCGCUUCAGGGACCCAGAGGCCAUCUACAUCCAUGCCAGCCAGCAUUGUCCUAGCAGUAUCCAGCUCCCCCUCAUCAUUGGUGUUUGUAUUUUCAUGAUCAUGGGACUGAUUCUAUAUUGUCAUAAUUUCCAGCUGGGUUCCAACACAUUCAACUCAAGCUUUGUAGUCUUCAUUCUCCGUCUGAAGCACAAUGCAGCAAUUUGCUGGAAUUUGUUAAAGAAGCAACAAUAAAACAAUGGAGGAACAUAAGAACAAUGUGGAAAGAUGACAAAGUUUUCCCGUACAGCUGGAGAGUUUUGCAACGUUGAAUCAAAUGUGACUGUAAUACGGAAGACAUCACUUUUAUUAUGGAAUGAGGUCAAGAAAUAUUCAUUCCAAGGCUUCAAAAUGGACCCAAUAAGGUUGCCAAUCCAUGAAUGGAUGUUCGGAAAAAGUGAAAGGAAGAGAGACCAGCAACAAGUUGGAUGGAAGCAGUUGCAGAAAUCUUGAACCUCAUUGAGAAGCCUGAAGACCCUACAAAAUAGGAAAGUCUGGAGAACAUUAAUAUAUGGUGACCAAGAUAUGAAACCAAAUAGGUUUUUAGGUACAUGACGGGGGGGUUCUCAUCCAUCAUCUAGGCCUAGGUGAUGAACAUUAGAUCACUGGUAUGGGCGAACCCAUUUCCCUGUUCUUCCUCACUAGGAACAGGGGUAUGUCUGCUUUCAUCUAGAAACAGCACUACACCUGUCCAUGAGUUGUUGAAGCUCAACUCCAUUCAAAUGAAUGAUGCUGAGCUCCAUUACCAAACACACCCCUGUGGACAGAUGUGGUGCUGUUUCUAGAGGAAAGCAGUCAUGUUUUUCUAAUUCUGUCCACCUCCUUUAGAGGGGUUAUCCAACUUUUUUUCAGACCUUAUAGAGUGGCCGGACUUGUGGUGUUGAUGAUUAGGGUUCAGCGAAGAGCCAAAGUUGUUUCGUUCAAAACUUCAUUUGAAUGCUGUACGGAGACCCGUCUCUGUACAGCAUUCAAAUGUAUGAGCUACGUGGAGAUGAAAUUCGUUAAGUCCUAAGUGUCGCAAGACUUAUGGGUAGAACUUUGACAUUUGAUUGUACAACUUGAAAACCAUUUUAAAACUGCAAUCCAAAGUCGUCUUCGGUACUGAGUUUUCAGUUAUGGUCUUGCCAGACUUCGGACUUAACGAAUUUCACCUUCACAUAGCCUAUACUGGUUUCCGUACAGCAUUCAAAUGAAGUUUUUAACUAACCGAC